CCAUUUUGAAUAGAGUAAAUGGUUUUCGGGGCAGCUGGGGCUUUGACAUCUGUCACAUUGCAGAACUCGAAAGUAGAUCGUGCUUUAAGAUAGUGCCUGCAUUCUUUGAAGAUAUUCUUGCAGCGGCUCUCUUAAACAUCGGUCGGAAAUUCCCCAUCUAAAACAUGGGAAUGAGAAGUCUCAAGCUUCUUCGCCCUCGUGUCCAGGCUGCCCGAUGUUGUGCGUCGCUCUUUUGGGAAAAGGAUGGUUUUUGGGCUGGUUCGCUGGUGGUGCUGGCCUGUGCUGGCCGCAGCUCCCCCGCCGGAGUGUGCGCAGGAAGGCUCGGGGCUGUGUGAAGCUGAGCGUGGUGGGGGUAGCAUCGGUGGUGCAUAAAUUGCUGCCUGCUUUCAAGAACUUUAAUCAUUCAUCUGAAAUUCGCUUGUAACAAACAUCUACAUCCUCUGAUGCCACGGGGACAUGUAGAAGUAAUGAGCGCUGGGAACUAGUUGGAUAAGCAGCUGCCCAAACCUGGUUCGUUUUUGUUACCUUGUUUCCACUCUUCCUCCCCUGUUUUGUUUGUGUGUAUUUUUUUAGUCUGACUCAUCUGGGAGGGGCAUUCACACCACCAUACCUCUGAGUAUUUAGAGAAACCUUAACUCAGGCUCUGGGCUCCCUGUGAUGUGAAGACAACUGUGUGAUGCUUGCAGACAUGGAUUUAGGCUGCUCCGUGCUUUCUGUUGAACAGAUUUUUUUGUUAGAUUAGCCUCCUAACUCAGAUGCCUAAAUUAGAUCAAGUGAAUAUGCUUAUCCUUUUAAUUACUAUCCUGAGGGAAUUUAAUUUACUUUUUUUUCUCCUCCAUCUGUACAAAAUCUGGGGUACAGGAUGUAUCCCUGGCUGAGUUGUAGCUGUCACUGUAAUAGAAACCAAGAGGAUGAUGUUCCCGUAGCAGUAAUAAUAACAAACAAUACGGGUACCUAUGGUCUGUUUGUGCUAAUCUUAAAAAUAAUGGGGUUAUCUACUAUAGGUGCUGUUCAAAGCGCCAAAGCUUUAUGGACACUUAUUUUUUUAACCAUUCUUGUAGACAGAAUGAGAUAGAUCAAGGCAAAAGUGAACGUGGGUGAUUUUGAAUGGUGUUUUUGAGAAGGCCUUAUUUAUUGAGAUUCAGGUAUUACAGUGAAUUGUAUCAGAGCAGUACUUACAGCAACGUUUUUUACAGAUAUUUCUGUUGUAGUCUCUAAUGUUGAAAAGUUAAUUAAUUUCAUGCCAUAGGAAAGUAGCAGCUAUGAAAAAUGAAGCUAAGUCUGUAGGUGAUAGUAUUUCCUAGUGAGCUGCUUGUCAGAAGCUGGUGAGGAAAAUGAGGCAGCAUUUGGAAAGUGAAAGGUGAUGUGCAUGCUUUGCUUUGGGUGUUAUCAGAAACCUUCACAGCUUUUGAGAAGAGGCAUCUGUCAGGAAAAUACUGGGGGUUUAGUUCCUGAAGGGCAAUGUAGUCCAGAUUAGUUCACAAAUUGAGACAGAUGUCUCUGGUCUGAGAGAUAAUUUACUUGCAGACUUUUAACUAACAGGUUAUCUACUGUUGCAUCAAAAGAUUUAAUUUGAUCAGCAUGCAAAAUAUGUGAAAAAAGCAUUUAAUGAGAUUUUUCUUUUAAAGGCCAGAGCUGUUCUCUUUGCCUUUUUAAAAACUGGUUCAAAAAUUGGACAUCUUUAUUUGAAAUGUUAAUUUCUAGCCUAUUUUCACUUGAAAGAAAAUACCUCCACUAUCUCAGUUUUUAAAAAGCUUUUAACUGCUUCCAUUCGUUUUUAUUUACCUCAAGUGUAGUUACAGAACAAUAUUGUUUUGAAAGGAUUUCUGGAGAUCAUCUGGUACAACUCCAUGAAAAGCAUGGCCGGAUCGGGUCACUCAGAACCAUGUCUGGUUGUGUUGGGAUUAUCUCUGAGGGUGGAGAUCCCAAAAACUCACUGGACAGCCCUCUCCACUUUGGUACCUACCCUGGCUCAAAGUACAUCCCAUCCCCUUGUCCAGGCUGUCAGUGAAGACAUUAAACAAUACUGGCCAUGAUGUCAGCUCCUGGGGAGCAUCACUAGUUCCAGCCAGAUGGAUUUGGGGCUACUGACCACAGCCCUUGGAGUCUGCUGGUCAGGCAGGUUUUCCACCCAGUUUACAGUCAGCUUUUUCAAACUGUAUUCCACCAGUUUGGGUGUAAGGACACUGUGGGAGACCUUGUUAAAAGCCUUUGUAGUGUCAAAACAAGCUGCUGUGCCCUUGUUCACAGGGCAAAUCAUCUCAAAGAUGGGAUGUGUCAGGUGUGGUUGGUCCUCAAUAGCCACGUGCCAUUUCCCUUCACCUUUUUCUUCUUCAAGCAUCUGUGGGUGGGUCCCAUGAUGAUUUGCUCCAUAAUCUUUCUAGGGACUGAAGUGAGACUUAACUGCCUUCUGUUUGCCUUUUUCCAGUCACCAGGAUCCUUGACCAGUCACCAAGACCCCCAAAAAUAACUGUUUGGUCUUACAGUGACAUUAGCCAGUGUUCCUGGCAGCACUGGGGCUGUGAUUUGUUCCAUAUGUAUGCAAAUACUCUAUUUACAUGUUUUCAAAUUAUUUUGACUUUCAAAAGCUGCUUUCAGUUCAGGGCAAUGUUAAAUCUCUUGGUAAAGCAUACUGGAUGAUGAAUCCUGCCAUGUUUUUAAGUUUUGGGGUGAACCUUGGUGUAGACAGUCGUUCUAUGAAAAUCACGAGAGAAGUAGUUGGCUGACAGAGUUUGAGGUGUUGCUUGGAUUGGAAGGUUCAUUUUAUGUGGCUGAAUGAUUGGGACAGUCAGUAACCCUUCUUAGGCUUUUUUGUCUUAAAUGGUGAUUGGUGAUUAUAAAGAUAGCAAAGAUAGGGUUGUGCUAAUUGGAGAGUCCAUUUUGUGAGGGACUGACCUAUUUCAAGCACUAUCACUAUUUAGGAAAACAACACAAUGUAUUCUUUGAGGUUCAGAGGUUGAGGCUAGAUAUGGGGUGAAAUAGGGUAGUUACUCUAUUCCUCUUACCUUUAAAAACAUAUCACUCCUUAACUUCACCUUUUAGAAUUGCGUUUUUCUUGUGUGCCCUGGUUGGUGAUAGAUGGCACAUCAGACUAUUUGGAGGAAAACAUUCAUGUUAGAGUUCCUAGUUGGAUUUCUGGAAGGGCUAAGCAGCUGUUUUAAGUGAUCCUGAAAUUUUUCAAAUGCUUAGUUGCAAAUAUUGCAGGUAGCUGAAUUCCCUCUGGUAUAGUGUGUCUGACUCCUGAUCAAUAUAGAACUGGGAGAUUUAUGUCUACAUGUAAGUUCGAGUUCCUUCCAGUGACAGACCAAUGUAAGCCAAAAUUUUAAGCCAGCUGUGAGCAGUGAAGCCUUGUUUUCUGUGGCAUUAGCUGUCUGAGUUUGAUCAGAUGUGAGCCUGUGUUAAUUUUUUCUUGUGGUCAGUAUAUUUACAGCUCCUUUCAGCCAUGUGGAUCCUCUGGUGUCUAAUAUAGGUACUCAAACAUACAGCAGUCUUUCUCUCCCUUGAGGGUACUAAAUUUGGUUGUGCCUUUUCUGUCUGGUUGCCUGCUUUUUAUGAACGUUAUAUUCAGUUAAGAUCAUUUCAAAGGACACCAUUCUGUUAAGCUUGGUUCAUUUUGGGUGAUGGGGUUCAUCAAAGUCGUUUACUCAUGUCUCAUACUCUGAGAAAGGCAAGCUAAAAAUUCAGACAUCCUGGUUGCUUGGUUACUAUAAUGCUACUGCUUGCAUUAAUUCACUUGUCUAUCAGGAUGGUGGGUUUUGGGGUUUGUUUUUGGUUUGUGUUUUUUUUUUUUUUUUCCUUAUUCUUAUUCUCAGAUUUAUUUAAGGAUAAGUCUUUAGAAAACAAAUAGAAGACUAUUUCAUGAGGAGUCCUUUGUUCUUCUUAUUUCUACAUAUACAUUGUUUUAUUGCCCUUUGCAAGAUGAUGCAGGGACUGUAGUAACUCAUUUUUCUGGUAUUGUUGUGCCAUUAGCACCAAAUGUUGGAAAGGUGAGGAUUAGGUCACAUAAAAAUUAUAUAGUAAAAAUGGAGCUGGUGAAAUGUCAUUUUUCUUCAAAUUGAGAGUAUUUAGAACUUUUUCAGUCUAGGAACAGAGCCUGGCCACGUUGGUUAAUUGGAUCCAAGAGUUAAAACAAUGGAUUGAACAUUAAUACAUAGGUGAGCGCAGUGUUGUGUAACUCUUAUUUUCAGAGCAACACAUGAAAUUCAAAUGAUGUAAUAUGAUGACAGUAGCAGCACAAAGCAUUGGAAUUACCUAAUAGAGGACAAGUACCUGAGAACUAUUUUUAAACACUUUGGCAGUUACAGAUAGUUGAAAAGGCAUGGUUGAUCCAGAAAAGUCACAGCUUCUUUGGAACAGCGAUUCCGAGAGCAGCCAGUUUGACUCAAAACACUUUGAUACGAGGUGUUGCUGCUUCAGAAGUAGCAGAUAAUAAUUCUGAGCUGGCUCUACUAGUGAAAAUGUUCAAGGCUGAUGCAAGUGGAGCUUGUGAAAUGCUGUGGCAUCAGUCAUGAGCAGUAUCUGCAGUUAGUGAUUCAACAGCAUACACAUGAAGUAAGGGAAGAACAGGAAAUGGGAGUUAACUUUUCUUUGUUUCUAAAAAUAUUACGAUUGGAAUGUGGAAAAAAUUACCUAUUAUGGUUAUACUAAUAAAUGUAUCAAAAAGCAGAGCACAUUUAAGUAAUACUUUGGUCUUAUUUUUCAAAGGUCAAGAAUUUUACUAAUCAAAAGCUAAAACUUUCUAGCUUUUUUUACCACACUCUUAUGACUUCAAGGUAGGACAUGUGUCUUUCUAAUUGAGAUACAUUUGUCCCUUGGGAUUUUACAUGAUAUUGAGAUGUUUGUUUAACAUGGGUGAUAAUUGAUUCCCUAAGAUCAUGAAAUUCAAUUUGGUGGUCAAAACAUUAUUACUGUAUGCUCUAGAGCUCUGUGCUAAAGGUUUAAGAGACCACAUUUCGACUGGAUGGUUUGAAGGACUGUUCUUGAUAAUACGAGCAUGAAUGUGACUUGUGGAUGGGAGUGGGGUCAGAGGCAGGAGUCUUCAGCUGGGGCAGUUGGGAGGUGCUGUGCCACACUGCCUGUGUCCUGGGUCCAGCUCAGAACCAGCGUGCUGGUCCCAGAGUCCCUGUGCUGGGGGGGGAUCUCCAUUACACCCACACUUUUCAGUGUCACUUUGGGAAAUGCAUUUUCACCCAUCCAUUAUCCAACUAAAAUACUCCUACCUAGUUAUUUUGACUGCCAUAUGCUAAUCUUUGCUUCUUCUCCCACGAGGUUUCCCUGUUUUUGAUUCAUCAGAGAUAAACACCAUUUCUCUGCUUUAAAGGAUUCUUGUGGCCUUUCUCCUCUCCGCUUGUCAUCUCAUUCAAUUUUGAGAAGUUAAACCUUAUGGUUUUGUGCACCUGUCCAGCUUGAAAGCAGACACUUAAACGGUAAAUCCAGUCUCACUAAAUGUUUUACUUUCAUUAGUCUUACAGAUAGACAAAGAUUGUUCUCUGCUGAGCACAGAAGAGUGCUCACGUAUCUUUUGUUUCAUGCUUUGCUAUAGCGGCCCAUUAGAUGUUCUGUAUAUUUUGUUAUCUGUGUCUGAAAGCUGAGCAGCAAGCUAAGCAGCAUCUCUUCUAUCAUAAGAAGAAAAUAAUAUUAAAAUAAUAUUAAGAAUUCUUCUGUUAGCUUUUUUUUUUCUCUGCUAGCAUUUUGCUUGUGCUUCUGAUGGAAGGACAGGAGUGGGCUCAAAAUUUUCCUCUAGGGUGGCAAGAUUUUAAAUUAAUAAACUUAAAAGUAAUAUGCACUCAUGCUGCCAGUCAUGGUUGCAGUAAGAAAACAGUGAAAAGAAGACAACUCAUCAAAUACUUUCGUCUUGCCCAAGUCCACAUUGACAUAAAUUAGGAGUUACAGUGUGAAAGGGGAGAACUGCAAGUUUUAAGAUGUGUGGACCUCACCAAACAGCAUUUAAGGGUGCUUGCACAAAAUUUGCAAAUGAUUACAUGUGAGAAUUGAUGUGUUUUAAAACAGAAUCUAAAAAAAAGGCAUAUGGAGUGUGGAGUCAUGUGAAUUGGAAAGUAGGAAGCAUUAAAAAACCCAAAAAACCACAAGGGUAUUUUAAGUUACCACCCUCGAGGAGCAAGCGUAUCUCACUCAGCUCUCUGGAAAGGUUACAAUAUGCAGCCUAGAGUUGCUUCUUGAAUAUAGAAGCUCAGAGCCUUUCAAAAGAAACCUUAUAAAUAGUCUACCCUCUACUUCUUGGUUUUUUUUUCACUUCCUUUCUAAGCAAGCAGAGGUGGUGAUGUCUGUCUGGGAUCAGAUGGCUGAGGGCUAGCGGCGCGCACUCGGGACCAUGAUGGCUCAGUUUCCCGCAGCCGUGAAUGGAGGGCCAAACAUAUGGGCCAUCACCUCCGAAGAGCGGGCCAAGCAUGACAAGCAGUUCGAUAGCCUUAAACCCACGGGAGGUUUCAUUACAGGUGAUCAAGCACGUACCUUUUUUUUGCAAUCAGGUCUGCCAUCUUCAAUCCUUGCUCAAAUAUGGACGCUCUCAGACCUGAACAAGGAUGGAAAAAUGGAUCAACUGGAGUUCUCUAUAGCUAUGAAACUCAUCAAGCUGAAAUUGCAAGGACAGCACUUGCCUUCCGUUCUCCCUCCUGUCAUGAAACAAACUCCAGUGUUUUCACCACUAAUGUCAGCUCGCUUUGGAAUGGGUAGUAUGCCAAACCUGUCCAUGCCAACAUCUAUGUCUGCGAUCACACCAUUGCCUCCCAUGGCUCUGAGCUCCAUGGCUUCCAUCCCUCCUUUGGUUAUCUCUGCUCCCCUGGUGCCUUCUGUCAGUACCUCCUCGCUGCCAAAUGGAACAUCCAGCCUCCUGCAGCCUUUGUCCGUUCCUUUCUCCUCAACUCUGCCUCAUACUGGUUCUUUAGGCCCCAUGGCAGGAGGAUUUGGUGGUUCCAGUAUGCAGAAGGCACAGUCACUAAUUGAUUUAGGAUCUAGCAGUUCAAAUUCUUCCUCUAGUGCAUCACUAACUGGGAAUUCACCAAAGAUUACAUCCUCAGACUGGGCAGUUCCUCAGGCCUCCAGAUUAAAAUACAGACAGAAAUUUAACAGUCUUGAUAAAAGCAUGAGUGGAUAUUUAUCAGGAUUUCAAGCAAGGAAUGCCCUUCUGCAAUCAAAUCUUUCACAGACUCAGCUGGCUACUAUUUGGUCCCUGGCUGAUAUAGAUGGAGAUGGGCAGCUGAAGGCUGAUGAGUUUGUGUUGGCCAUGCACCUCACAGACAUGGCCAAAGCUGGACAGCCACUGCCCCUGACUCUGCCCCUUGAGCUGGUGCCACCUUCUUUCAGGAGUGGAAAAUAUACUGAAAAUAUAAAUGGAACUCUGCCAUCUUAUCAACCUGUGCAAGAGGAGGAGCCGCAGAAAAAACAACCAGUGACAUUUGAGGACAAAAGGAAAGCCAACUAUGAGAGGGGAAAUAUGGAGCUGGAAAAACGCCGACAGGUCCUGCUGGAGCAGCAACAGAGAGAGGCUGAAAGAAAGGCUCAGAAGGAACGGGAAGAGCAGGAGCGACGAGAGAGGGAACGCCAGGAGCAGGAACGGAAGAGGCAGCUGGAAAUGGAAAGGCAGCUGGAGAGACAACGAGAGCUGGAAAGACAAAGGGAAGAAGAAAGGAGGAAAGAAAUAGAAAGGCGGGAGGCAGCAAAGCAGGAGCUCGAGCGCCAGCGACGACUGGAAUGGGAGAGAAUCCGUCGCCAAGAGCUUCUUAAUCAGCGUAACAGGGAACAAGAAGAGAUUGUCAAGUUGACCUCUAAAAAGAAGAGCCUUAAUCUUGAAUUAGAAGCCCUGACUGACAAACAUCAGCAGAUCUCAGGCAGGUUGCAGGAUAUUCGUAGCAAAAAGCAAAUGCGAAAAACUGAGCUGGAGGCUUUGGAUAGGAAAUAUGACCAAGGGAUCAUGGAAGUCAAGCAACUACAGCAACAGCUGGAGGAUUAUCAGAAUAAACUAAUCUAUUUGGUUCCUGAAAAGCAGUUGUUAAAUGAAAGGAUAAAAAAUGCUCAGCUUGAAAACACUCAGAGUACAGGAGUCAAUUCAGUGCACAAGAAGUCCCAAGAAAAGGAAGAAUUAUGCCAAAGACUUAAGGAGCAACUAGAUGCCCUUGAGAAAGAAACUGCUUCUAAACUUGCUGAAAUGGAUGAGUUUAACAGUCAGCUUAAGUGUGAGAAUAUGGAUGAUUCUGUUCUUCAGUGCCUUUUGUCUCUGCUAAGCUGUCUCAACAACCUCUUCCUCUUACUUAAGGACCUGAGGGAAAGUUACAGCACACAGCAAUUAGCCUUGGAGCAGCUCCACAGGAUCAAACAGGACAAAAUCAGAGAGGUACAAAAAAGAAGAGCUGAGCUGGCACAGAAGAAGCGACUGGAAGAUGAGGCUGCAAGGAAGGCAAAACGGGAGAAGGAGAACCGAUGGCAGGAAAACAUCCGCAGGGAAGAGGAAGAGAAAAAGAAGAGAUUGGAGGAAGAACGAAUGCAGGAAAAAGUCCAAGAAAAACUGAAAGCUGAAGAAGCAGCUGCCAUGAUGAGAGAAAGGGAAAACAAACAACAGCUUCUUGUAGAGGAGGAGAAAAAUAGACAAGCCACGAUCUCGAGGGAGGUGGAACAACAAAGGCAGAGACAACUGGAAGAAGAUAAAAGAAAGCAAGAACAAAUAGCAAAAGAAGCUGAGGAGAGGCGCAAGCAGAACGAGGAGAUAAAAAAGAUAAAAGAAGCAACCAACUCUCAGGAGGUGGAGAAACACACUUCUAAAAUAAACAUAAAUGAAAAGUUUGCAGAUCUCUUGAAGCCAACAGAGGGGAAAAGUCUUAAGCCGCCCUGGAAAAAUGAAGGCAAGGCAGCUGGUGCUGCAGAGUCGAGGAAUUCCAUUGCCUUGGUAAAUUACAGAGCUUUGUAUCCAUUUGAGGCAAGGAACCACGAUGAGAUGAGCUUUAAUACUGGAGAUAUAAUUCAGGUUGAUGAAAAAACUGUGGGAGAGCCUGGUUGGCUUUAUGGGAGUUUUCAAGGACAUUUUGGUUGGUUUCCGUGCAAUUAUGUAGAAAAAAUACCAGAAGGAGAAAAAGCUUUAUCUCCUAAGAAAGCCUUACUUCCUCCUACAGUAUCUUUAUCUACUACCUCAGCUGCUUCAGAACCACUUUCACCAAGUAAAUCUGUAGAAGAAUCUGAUUACCAAAACAUCCCCUUUUCCAGUCUGAAUGUUAACACAGCCUGGCAGCAGAAAUCAGCUUUUACUCGUACUGUGUCCCCUGGAUCUGUUUCACCCAUUCAUGGACAGGGGCAGCCUGUAGAGAACCUAAAAGCACAAGCACUUUGUUCUUGGACUGCAAAAAAAGAUAACCACUUGAAUUUUUCAAAGAAUGACAUCAUUACUGUCCUGGAGCAGCAGGAGAACUGGUGGUUUGGAGAGGUACAUGGAGGAAGGGGUUGGUUUCCAAAGUCCUAUGUCAAGCUCUUACCUGGGAGUGAAGCCAAGAAAGAGGAACCAGAAGCUAUUUAUGCAGCUGUAAACAAAAGGCCUUAUACCCAGAGUUACACAGCAGGAGAGGAGUACGUUGCCCUCUAUCCGUACUCGAGCUCUGAGCCCGGUGACCUGACGUUCAUGGAAGGUGAGGAGAUCCUGGUGACCCAGAAGGAAGGGGAGUGGUGGACCGGGAGCAUCAAGAACAGAACUGGAAUCUUCCCCUCCAAUUACGUCAGACCAAAAGAUCCAGACGCUUCUAGCUAUGCUGGCAAAACUGGAACAAUAAAUAAGAAACCCGAAAUCGCUCAGGUUACUACUGCCUAUGCUGCAUCAGGAACUGAACAGCUCAGUCUUGCUCCAGGACAGCUGAUACUUAUUCUGAAGAAAAAUGCCAGUGGAUGGUGGCAAGGAGAGUUGCAGGCAAGAGGGAAAAAGAGACAGAAGGGAUGGUUCCCUGCCAGCCAUGUGAAGCUGCUGGGUCCAAGCAGUGAAAGAACCACAUCAGCUGCUCCCUCAGUGUGCCAGGUAAUAGCCAUGUAUGAUUACACGGCCAACAAUGAGGAUGAGCUCAGUUUCUCCAAGGGGCAGCUGAUUAAUGUGCUGAACAAAGAUGAUGCUGACUGGUGGCAAGGAGAAAUCAAUGGUGUGACAGGUCUCUUCCCCUCAAACUACGUGAAGAUGACCACAGAUUCCGAUCCAAGUCAGCAGUGGUGUGCUGAUCUCCAGAGCCUUGACACCAUGCAGCCCAUGGAAAGGAAAAGGCAGGGCUACAUUCACGAGCUCAUUCAGACAGAAGAAAGGUACAUGGACGAUCUGCAGCUCGUCGUAGAGGUUUUCCAAAAACCAAUGGCUGAUUCAGGCUGUCUCACAGAAGGAGAAAUGGGACUGAUCUUUGUUAACUGGAAGGAACUCAUCAUGUCAAAUACAAAGUUACUGAAAGCCUUGCGGGUGCGUAAGAAAACCGGAGGUGAGAAGAUGCCGGUGCAGAUGAUCGGGGACAUCCUGGCAGCAGAGCUGUCCCACAUGCAGGCCUACAUUCGGUUCUGCAGCUGCCAGCUCAACGGAGCGGCCCUGCUGCAGCAGAAAACUGACGAAGAUGCUGAUUUCAAAGACUACUUGAAGAAACUUGCCCUGGACCCUCGCUGCAAAGGAAUGCCCCUCUCCAGCUUCCUCCUGAAACCCAUGCAAAGGAUAACGCGCUACCCCCUGCUCAUAAAGAGUAUUCUAGAGAACACUGCAGAGAACCACCCGGAUCACAGUAACCUGCGGCUCGCCCUGGAGCGUGCGGAGGAGUUGUGCUCCCAGGUGAACGAGGGCGUGCGUGAGAAGGAGAACUCGGACAGGCUGGAAUGGAUCCAGGCCCACGUCCAGUGUGAGGGCCUUGCUGAGCAACCUGUGUUCAACUCCCUCACAAACUGCUUGGGACCACGGAAGCUCCUGCACAGUGGGAAGCUGUACAAGGCCAAAAGCAGUAAGGAGCUGUAUGGAUUCCUUUUCAAUGACUUUCUGCUGCUCACCUACAUGGUUAAACAGUUUGUGUCUUCCGGAUCCGAUAAACUGUUCAGCCCCAAAUCCAACUCCCAGUUCAAAAUGUACAAAAUGCCGGUUUUCCUUAAUGAAGUCCUCGUGAAGCUGCCCACAGACCCUUCAAGUGAUGAGCCAGUUUUUCACAUAUCACACAUUGACAGAGUUUACACACUUAAAACUGACAACAUUAACGAGCGGACUGCCUGGGUCCAGAAAAUCAAAGCGGCAUCAGAGCAAUACAUUGAAACGGAGAAGAGGAAACGUGAAAAGGCUUAUCAAGCUCGUUCACAGAAGACCGCAGGAAUAGGACGCUUGAUGGUGCACGUGAUUGAAGCAACGGAACUUAAGGCCUGUAAGCCCAAUGGGAAGAGCAACCCAUACUGUGAGAUCAGCAUGGGCUCACAGAGCUACACUACCAGGACCCUGCAGGACACCCUGAACCCCAAGUGGAACUUCAACUGCCAGUUCUUCAUCAAGGAUCUGUAUCAGGAUGUCCUGUGCAUCACCAUGUUUGACAGGGAUCAGUUCUCACCUGAUGAUUUUUUGGGUCGCACUGAAGUUCCGGUAGCAAAAAUCAGAACAGAACAAGAGAGCAAAGGCCCCACAACUAAACACUUACUGCUGCAUGAAGUUCCAACAGGAGAGGUGUGGGUGCGCUUUGACCUGCAGCUCUUUGAUCAGAAAACACUCCUCUAAGAAUGCUUUUUUUUAAUUUAUGAAGGACAACUGAAGCUAACAGCCUAAACAUCUUUUGGUAAAAGAUUCCUUGUCCCAUGCUGGUUAUUAAGCAAGAAUUCCUGCUGCUUCUGUAUUUCCUCUUAGUUCCUGGUUGUGCUUAGUUCCUUGCAUUGUUCCCAGUUGUUGUUGAUCUAUGCAAACACAAAUGUUACUGUAAAUACAGUACUGUAGCUCAGUGCCUUUUUAUUGUUUUGGAAUAUCUUGGGUUUGGAUGCCAAUGUUUCCAUUUUCAGGGCCAUAAAAAGUAUUAUGUAGAAAUGUGGCACCAAGCUGCUUGUAUAUUUUACCACUUAGUCUGACAGACAGACUGAGGAAUGGUUUAAGCUCAGCACUAGAAUCAUUCCAUUUGAAAUCUUAAAAGUGAUAUCCACUGGAAUUUUCCCAUCUCAGGAUGAUCGUUUUAACGGUUAAAUGCUGAAGAAGCCUUAGCACUGGAGAAGUCUCCAAUAUAUUGUAUAUUCUUUUAAGAAUCAAGCAUAGUUCUUUACUUGACUUUAGUUCUGCACUGGAAUCAGUAACUGCUACUUGAUUUUUCUUUCUGCUUCAGUUUGAUUUAUCGUUCUCUGCUGAGACAAUGUGGUUGUGAAGAAUAACUAGAAAAAAUAUUUUAAAUACUGUGACCCACAACAAUGUGGCAAAAUACUCUUCAGCUCUUUGGUUUUUUUCCUAAGUAUAAGUUAUUUGUGUACAUUUCCUUGGUCUUGCAGACCUCCAUGUGAAUCUUGAAGCUUUGACAUUGCCAACAUGUAUAUAGAGAGUAAAAUAUAAGUUUAUUAAUUUGUCUACAGAUGUUUAUUGAUGCAUAGUGAUUUUAAAAAAGUAUAUUUUAUUGUACAGGGGAAUGUGAAAUAAUGAGAAAAACUUAUAGGAUUUGUUCAAGGAAAGUGUAUCACAAGUUUAAAAGGUUUGCUCUGGGGAACUGUCACCCCAAUAUAAACUGUAAAAUGAACUGGUGAAAUGAAAGCAAAAACUUUCUCUUGGCACCAAAUCAGGGAUGGUUUAAAAAAAAAGAAAGUUUGUUUAUAAAUAUUUGUUACAUUGUAACCAUUCUAUUUCAGCCUUUAAACUGCUUUGUUGCAGAAGCACAGCAAGCAGUUCUGAGCAGCCUGUGCCCUUGUUUUCCACGGGUGCAGAAAUUCCUCCUGAAGUCUGGCAGUUUCCCACCCAGUGGCCAUCUGUGCACCCUCCUAUUACUGAGUCAACCUCUGUUACAUUUAACAGUUUUCUGUGGUUCAAUAUUUCUAAUCGUAAAUAAAACUCAGCUCUUGGCAACUCUUGA